AUGUAUGCCACCGACAGUGCUCCAAGGUAUACGUUCAUCUCUUCUCUCGCCACCUCUUCUCAACAAAACGAUUCUGCGGAAAGCAGCCCAAGACAGCAACGUCAUCGAAGUCGAACAGCCGCAGAACGGUGCGACGUACAUCCAUCGAUAGCCCAAUUGUACCUACGCAGCUCUCUGGACGCGUUGCAACCUCGACGCGCCAACAACGACACCACUGCGAUCGUCGACAAGAAGCGCCUUCGCAAAGUCAACAAGAUGGUCAUGCAGAACGUCGCCACGGCCUCUGCCUCGGGUUCUUUCCCACCAGCGCCGACUGGGAAGUCGAGCGCAGCUCUCGACCUCUCUGCGAGUUUUGAGCAGUCUCAGACCCAGACCUUGCCUGCGCUCAGUAGCACCGAUGACAGCUCUUCUUCCUCCUCCUCGUUCUGCUCGAGCAAGUGUUUGACGAGCACCCAGAUGCGCGCCCUGCUCGCAUCGUCCAUGUCGACCAUGUACCGCAGCGAAGUUCCUCUGUACGGUCAACUGCUAUCUAUCAUCGCCAGCAUCAACUCGGACUUCAUUCGCGCCUCGCCCAACACCAUCAGUGAUGACGAGAUCUCGCGGCUGUACGUCGAACGUCACGGCGCGAUCCGCGUCGGCACCGCAGAAGAGCUUUCACUUCUGGCGAGAAUCUUCAAGGUAUUUGGAAUGCAUCCGGUGGGAUACUACGAUCUGUGGCGCGAUGCAAAGCUGCCCAUCCACGCCACGGCGUUUAGACCUGUGGGGAAGGAAAAUUUGGUCAAGAAUCCGUUCCGAAUCUUCUGCAGCCUUUUGAGGAUGGACUGCAUCCAGGACGGAGAGACGAGAGGGUUGGCCGAGGAGCUGUUGGGGAAGAGAAGCAUUGUUCCCGAGAGAUGCAUCAAUUUGCUCGUCAAAGCCGAACAGGGUCAGUCUCGGGACGGUGUUCGAGAGGCAGAGGUUAAGGUGGAUGGCUUGACGAGGGAGGAGGCCCUGGAAUUCGUCGAAAGGGUCGUCGACAUCUUCGCUUGGCACAAGGACACACCGGUCUCGUUGGAUGAGUACAACUUGCUCGCCAAAACGCAUCCGCUAGUUGCUGACAUUGUCAGCUUCCGAGGUCCCCACAUCAACCACCUGACUCCGAGAACGCUCGACAUUGAUCAAGUACAGCGCACCAUGAUCACCAGCGGUAUCGAUGCGAAGGACGUCAUCGAGGGUCCACCGAAGCGGGAGAACGAGGUAUAUCUGAGGCAGACGAGCUUCCACGCAUUGUCGGAGAGCGUCGAGUUCUCGGGUGGCGAGGGAGGCUUGGUGGAGGGCAAGCACAAGGCGAGGUUUGGAGAGAUCGAGGCGAGAGGCCAAGCCUUGACACGCAAAGGUGCUGCAUUGUACGACUCACUGAUGGACGAGGUGUCGAACAAGAAGAGGGAGGUCGAGAAGCAGAGGGGAGCAAAGGUUGGCAAGGAAGAGUGCGUGCAGAUCUUGCGCAAAGUCUUCGAGGAAGGAUUCCCGGAUAGCAAAGAUGAGCUGCUACGACAAGGAUUGGGCUUCUUCACGUUCAGCAUCAAGGACGUCGAGACGGCGAGAGACAUGUGGCAGCGUCAGGAACAGGAUGCAGAGGCGUUGGACACGCUAGCCGAUAUGAUCAAGAGCAAAGCGCUCGAUGCAGAGCCUAUCACGUAUGAGGACUUUCUCCCCGCUUCGGCGGCCGGUAUCUUUCAAAGCAAUCUGCCUCAAGCUGCAGUGGCUUCGCAGCAGCCGAACGAGAAGAGCGUUGGCGUGCAGCCGGACAAGGUCAAAGAUACAUCGGAAGCGAGGGCUAUGCUGCAGGCUGCAGUAGGCGGUACUAUUUUGGACUACUUUGCGCUGUAUAGCGAGCAGCAGAGUCAGAGCAUUGCCGAGGUUGCCACUUUGUUGGACAUCGAUAUGAGCGAGAUAGCGGGGGAGAUAGCGGGACGACAGGUCGCUUGA